AUGAGUCAAUACGUUCAUGUACCAAAAUCAGAACUCGAUGAGGCUCAGCUGCGCCAGCUGGAAGAGCAUGAAAUUAGCCAAGGCCCCCUUUCAGUUCUGCAACAGGCAGUUCGCAACCAUGCCCAGGUCCUCAUUUCUUUGCGAAAUAACAAAAAGCUUCUCGCUCGUGUAAAGGCAUUUGAUCGCCACAGUAAUAUGGUACUUGAAAACGUCAAAGAGAUGUGGACCGAAGUCCCCAAGGGUAAAAACAAGAAGCCAGUCAACAAAGAUCGGUUUAUCAGCAAAAUGUUCUUGCGCGGAGACUCGGUAAUUCUUAUUCUACGCAACCAAGCUUAG